ACGUCACUCGUACAUAAUACACGCAACAAUCCGAUUAUUUUACGCGCGCGCCGCUCGCGAUAUUUUUUAUGUUUUUUGAGUUUUUGUUGUUUUACCUAUCUUCGCAUCUUCUCGUCGGUUUUCCUGGAUUUAAAGAACCGUGAUUUCCGAUUUAAUGUAUAAUAUUAUACACUUAUCUACCGUACAACCCACGCGCUACUUCGGCAGUGUAUGAUACAUACAAUCAAUUGGAAACCUUUACGUAAUUUUUAAAGGUGCCAGUUUUCCAUAUUUUUUACGAACUCGUUUGUUGCACAUACUAUCUUAUAAUAAAUUAUCGUAUUUAAAUUUAAAUAUUAUAUUAUUAUAUCGUUCCCAUUACGAUAUUUGUAUAUAUUAUUAAAUAAGAUUUAAAAUGAACCUAACCACAACUGAUUCAGAUCGGUCAUUUAUUUCAAUACAACAAUCUGCACAACCCAUUUUCUCAUUAUCUGAUCCAAGAAUGGGUAGUAUUCAUUUAAAUACUGAAAGUGAAAAUCGAGAAGCAGAUUCAAGUUAUUCCAUGAGGGACAGGCCGUUGUCGCUCUGCAUGUCCGCUGCUUGUGCCGCCCAACAGGUACCGGUGUCCUCGUCGAGAACGCCUCCGACUUCAGUCCCCCCGACCUCGGGACAUUACUCGGCGGCGACCGGUGGCCAAGCUAUAGCUAAGACUAAGACACUGGGACUAACUUGCGUCGUGUGUGGCGACACGUCGAGCGGAAAGCAUUAUGGCAUAUUGGCAUGCAACGGUUGCAGCGGGUUCUUCAAGAGGAGCGUACGCCGCAAACUCAUCUACAGAUGUCAAGCGGGAACCGGGAGUUGCGUAGUAGACAAGGCGCACCGUAACCAAUGUCAGGCGUGUAGACUGAAGAAAUGCCUCAAUAUGGGCAUGAAUAAGGACGCUGUCCAAAAUGAACGUCAGCCAAGAAACACAGCAACUAUACGUCCAGAAAAUCUAGCUGAUAUGGACCACGAACGAGUGAUUCGGGAAGCAGCUGUGGCGGUUGGAGUGUUUGGGCCAUGUCUUUACAGACCUCCGGUUUCAGUGGCGUUGGCAUUAUCUCCUCUGAGAUAUCAUCCCAACGGACCAAUGGCACCGCCAAGCAUACAGCAACGUCCUGCAGAACCAUCGCCGACUGCAUCUUCAUCGCCGAAACAAGAAUCUCACCACGAUGACCAAGACGAUGACGACAGUAUAGACGUGACCAACGAAGAACCGGAUACGUCCGACAACAAAAGGGCAUCGUCUUCGCCACCGGCGGUUCCGAUACCGCUUACCCAACACCAUUCGAUGUACGAUCAUCAUCCGUCAUUCUAUCCUGGCCUACACGAGAACGUUUAUGAGACUUCCGCCCGUUUGCUUUUCAUGGCCGUCAAAUGGGCGAAAAACUUGCCGUCUUUUGCGUCUCUUCCAUUUAGAGACCAGGUGAUACUCUUAGAGGAAUGUUGGUCGGAAUUGUUCCUGUUGAACGCGGUCCAGUGGUGUUUACCACUAGAAAACAACCCGCUUUUCAACCCUUCAGAUCACGUGGCGGCCAUACCAAACGGCAAAGCCAGCCAAGUGGCAGCCGACAUACGCAUACUCAAUGAAACCCUACGACGAUUCAGAACCAUCAGUGUCGACCCAGCCGAGUUUGCUUGCAUGAAGGCUAUCGUUUUAUUUAGAGCCGACACACGGGGAUUGAAAGAUCCUAUACAAGUGGAGAACCUGCAGGACCAGGCACACGUCAUGCUCGGUCAACACACCAGGAACCAGCAUCCCGGUCAGCCGGUCCGAUUCGGCCGACUACUAUUGAUGUUGCCAUUAUUAAAAAAUGUACCGGCCGCCCGAAUCGAGGCUAUAUUUUUUCAGCGGACCAUCGGCAACAUACCGAUGGAAAAAGUCUUGUGCGAUAUGUACAAGAACUAAUGACCUAGCUGACAACGAAUAAUAAUAAUAAUAGUCCAACACUCGUGAUAUAAUAAUGUAUUCCUAAUGACUAAUGCAGUAACCUACCUACGUCAUACACCGCGUCAUCACGUAUAACUUAUAAGGAAUAACCUAACCGGUAUAGGUACUUAUUUAUUAAUACAGAGGCUUUCAUAAUAUAUAUGAAACUACGUAUAUAUAUCUACACCUAUAUUAUACUACUACCUAUCACCUAUAUAUGAAAUAUGAACCUAUUGUGAUAUAUUUCGUGGGACUGCUAGACCUCUUGUAUAAAAUAUAAAUUUACCUUAUGGGCACUUUACUUUGUAAGAGGCACUUUAUUUACACUUUUUAAGUUGUAAAUAAAUUACAUGAAUAAUAAAAUUAAUUGUAUAUGUUGCAUUCUUUAGAUCAUUAUAAUUAAAGCAGAUCACACGUUAGACCAUAACUUACUAAUAAUGAUAUAUCUAUUGUUGUUGGAACGAAUAAUCACUUGCGUACUUAGUGGUGUAACCGAGAGAGAGAGCGUCUUCUAGAAAAAUUUAAAAAUGCUUUCAUUUUUCUAUGAACGUAUUACUUAACUAUUUAUAAGACUUGGCCACACAGAAAUGUUAAUAACUUUAAAACGUUAUACAUAUACCACUGCGGUUCUUUUUAAAUUCAAUCACCACAAAUUUUAAAAAUGUUCAUUUAGAGUACCUAGUAGACAAUGUCGGACAGAGUAGCCUUUUUAAUAAAAAAAAAUAUACGUCAUUAUUUAUUACUAUUUCUAGUUUAGUUGCUUUAAUUAAGUUAUAAUUUAACCUAAAUAAUCACGAAAAUAUAAGCAUGCACAAAAGUAAAAUCGAAUAUUUAUAAUUUAUUAUGUAAAGUUGUUAUUUUUAUAAUUAUUUUAAUGAUUAUGGUUUAAAUACUUCUAUGAGUAUGUCGGUAUUAUUUUGAAUUAACAAUAGGGCGUCAAUAUCACAUGUGACCUUCUAAGAACCACUGGUAAACCAAAUUGUGUAAAAUUAUCAACCUCCCUAUAAAUACACACAACCACUAAAAACGCAAAUCUUGGCAAUGGCACAGCAAGGUAUCAUACCUACCUACUUACUUCCCAUUUAACAAUGAAGACAUGACUCUUUACUAUUUUUCUGUUUUUGUCACGUGAUGUUAACAAUAUACAUGUCGUAUGAUAAGUAGGGACGCAUUUUACAUGCACAUGUAGCACGAUUACGUAAUUAGCGAAUAGCGAUAUAGUAAGGUAUAAAAAAGAAUAAUAGAUGACAAAAUAUGCUAAACAUAAAUAAAAUCAGUAGCUAAUCAAGUCUAAAACUACUUGUUUUAGAUCAUUUGGUAAUUUAGUAAACACAAACUACUUAAUCCAAAUUAUUAUUACCCAUUAUUUGACAGUAUUAUACUAUGGUACAAUAUUAUUGGUUGGUUAAUAGUUAUUAAAAAAAAAAAUUAGUAAAAGUUUCCAACCGUAAACAAUGUUCACUAUAGAUAGGGUUGGGCAAGAUAAUCAAAAAACAGUAGAUACAACAUAGUAGAUACAUGAAGUAUGAACCAAAGAUACCUGCAUAGUGCAUGAUACUUUUAUAUUUCCAAUUGAAUUUUAUUAAAUAUUAAA